UGGGAUACUAUCAACAUGUCUAAGGUCGAUACUGUCCUAGGUACGCAGUGGGGUGACGAGGGUAAAGGAAAACUCGUCGAUACCAUUGGUUCUAAGUAUGACAUUUGUUGCCGAGCUACUGGAGGUGCAAAUGCGGGUCAUACUAUCAUUAUUCAGGGGAAGGCAGUGGCCUUCCACUUAGUCCCAAUCGGAAUUGUUCAACCCCAGGCCAAGUGCAUCAUUGGAAAUGGCUGCGUUGUGAACAUUUUUACAUUGUUCGAAGAGCUUGAUGCCUUGAAACAGGAGAACAUCGGUGUGAAGGACAGGUUAUAUGUGUCCGAUCGUUCUCAUAUUGUCUUUAACUUCCAUCAGAUCUGCGAUGGUCUGAAUGAGCAGAACAGUGGAAGUAUGAAGAUCGGAACCACGAAACGUGGAAUUGGACCAACGUACACUAGCAAGAUGGAGCGUGUGGGAGUUCGCAUGGGAUCGCUUCGCAAUUGGGAUCGAUUCAAGGAGCAGUACAUGCGUCUCUAUAACAUUUAUCGCAAUCGUUACAACCUCAAGGAUUACGACUACGAGGAUGAGCUGAACAAGAUUCACGCUCUUCUUCCGGAGUUGCUUCCUAUGAUUAUCGACUCCGUUGUGUACAUCAACGAAGCCUUGGAUCAGGGUAAGAAGAUCCUUGUGGAAGGAGCGAACGCUCCCAUGUUGGACAUCGAUUUUGGAACCUACCCUUACGUUACCUCCUCCUCUGCCUCGAUUGGCGGCAUCAUCACGGGUCUCGGCGUGUCUCCUCACAAGGUUGGCACGAUUUACGGCAUCGUGAAGGCCUACACGACGCGUGUGGGCGAGGGCCCGUUCCCCACGGAGCAGCUCAACGAGAUGGGCGAGCGUCUCCGAAAGAUCGGUCACGAGUACGGAGCCACGACGGGUCGUCCGCGUCGUUGUGGCUGGUUGGAUCUGGCGGUGGUGGGCUACACCCACAUGCUGGACAGCUUCGAUAGCCUGUGCUUGACGAAGCUGGACGUGCUGACGGGUAUGGAUGUGAUCCGUGUGGGCCGCAAGUAUCUGCUGGACGGAAAGGAGGUGAAGGGCAUUCCGUCGGAGCAGCAGGAUCUGGCGAGAGUGGAGGUAGUGUAUGACGAGCUGCCGGGAUGGUCGGAGGAUAUUACGGGAGUCCGAAAGUUCGAAGAUCUUCCUGUGAACGCGCAGCGUUACGUGGAGUACAUCGAGAAGACGCUCGGCGUGCCGAUCAACUUCAUCGGCGUGGGUCCUUCGCGUGAGGCGGUGAUUCUCCACUGGAUUGUUUGUUGCAACACACAGCAGAAUGUUGUAUAUUUAUAUAUAUAUAUAUAG